UUUUUGUUUCUCGCCCACUUCAGCCUCACAUGGACAUUUCUUGCAGCGUGCAGACGCUUUGACGCGAGUAACAGCGUUUGGUUACUCGUCUCCAUAAGUGCGUGUCAGCCUGAUGCAUAUCUGUGCUGUCAGCCGGGGGGGGAAGGUGGAUCCUCCACUACAAGCCAACACCUCUUAUCCUCAUCCUGUCAUGCGUGUAGCAGAGCAGCUCCAUCCAGCUCCAUCUCUCUGACUGCUGCUGCUGCUGACAACGACACUCCAGCUCCGCCUCGCCUCUCCGCACAUGCACUUGUGCGUCCUGGGAAACACGCCGCGUCCGACAGAAUGAAUGGCUACGGGUCGCCCUACCUGUACAUGGGGGCUCCGGUGUCUCAGCCCCGGGCUCCGCUCCAGAGGACCCCCAAGUGCGCGCGGUGCCGGAACCACGGCGUGCUGUCGUGGCUCAAAGGUCACAAGCGCUACUGCCGCUUCAAGGACUGCACCUGCGAGAAGUGCAUCCUCAUCAUCGAGCGGCAGCGCGUCAUGGCGGCGCAGGUGGCGCUCCGGAGGCAGCAGGCCAACGAGAGUCUGGAGAGCCUCAUCCCGGAGUCGCUCAGAGUGCUGCCCGGCAUCGGCAUACCCGGGGCCGGCGAGGGGAACCAGGGAACCCCGCCGAGGUCAGAGGAGCUGGAGCUGAGGUGGAGCAGCGCGGAGCCGGUGCAGGCCGGAGCGCAAACAUGCACAGAGCCCACAGAGGACGGUCCCGAUGAGGUGUCUGGGGGUGAGAACGGGGGCAGCUCCAGCGAGAAGGAGCAGGACCCGGUGAGCUCCCCAGAGGACUCCAAACCGAACUCCUGCUACACCCCGGAGCCCCCGGAAACCCCGUCCAACCCGGGAGAGGAGAGCCGCUACAGCCUCCCCAAAGCCGGCAGCGCUGAGAAGGAAGCCAAAGCCGAGAGUCCACACAAGUAUCCCGUCAGCCCCGGGGAGCAGAGCGUGCUGAUCGAAGGCCUCGCGGGCUCCAUCAACCUCCCCUUCAGCCUCCGGGCCAACCGGCCGCCGCUGGAGGUCCUCAAGAAGAUCUUCCCCGCGCACAAGCCUCCGGUCCUGGAGCUGAUCCUCAGAGGCUGCGGGGGGGAUCUGGUGGGGGCCAUCGAGGUGCUGCUGUCCAGCAGGAGCCCCGACGGUAGCGCGCACGCGCACGCCGACCCGCACACGGACGCCCUGGUGCUGCCCUCAAACGGACACCUGUUCGAGCACACGCUGGGCUCCUACCACCCGGUGUCCUCCUCCGCCAAGUGGUCGGUGGGCUCCGCUUUCCGGGUGCCCGAGUCCCUGCGGUUCACGUCCGACUCCGCUUCGGGCGUGGUCUCCACGGGCCCUCUGGGUGUCCCCCUGCAGCACCCGUCCUUCCCGCAGCCCACGCGCUACCCGCUCAUGCUGCGCAACUCCCUCACGCGCAGCCAGGCCAGCCCCUUCGUGCACAACGACGUGACUCUGUGGAAUACCAUGGCUCUGCAGCAGCAGUACCAGCUCCGAUCGGCGGCCCAGUACGUGUCUCCUUUCUCCCCGGCAGCCCCCGCCGGACCCGGGGGAUCCGUGUUCCGCAGCUCCCCCAUCCUCCCCUCCAGACCCUCCGAGGAGCAGCGCAUCAGCAUCCAGGAGGAGAGCUGCACGCUGGGGCCCAAACCCAACCUCUACUCCCCCGAUGAGGAGUACGAGGAGCGGUCUGACUCCGCAGACUCCCGCAUCCUGAACUCAUCCACCUAAAAUAAAUGCUGAUGAUGGACUAACGCAGCAGGGGGGGAACCAAAAAUGUAUUAUUCUGAAAGGACAUCAGUGUGUGUGUGUGUGUGUGCGUGUGUGCGUGUGUGUGUGUGAGGCAAUCACCCGUUGAUAAGGUGAUGUUUAAUCCCCCCCAAACAUCACAUCACAUCACCCCCCUCAUGCUCUCAAGAUGUCACUGGACUUGACCAAAACGGGAUGAAUGUAAACACAUGGUGAUCAUUAUUAUUAUUAUUAUUAUUAUUGUUAUUAUUAUUAUUUUGAAAAUCCAUUCUCUAUUUCCUGUAAGCAUGUUUAUUACUGUGAAAACUGUCGAUGUUAAGGAUCAUCACUGCAUGUUAAAGAGUAUGCCAAAUAAAUCGGAGUCGUCCAAAUGGAGCAGGAGUGUUGCUGAUUUUAUUCUGAGGCAGAUGUCUGAGGUUUAUCCAUGAGAAAUGUUGUGAAUUUAUAUUUAACAAACAUCUUUAGUGACUUUCUGAAGUGGGUUUAAUGCUCUAUAAUCAUGUACAAAUUAAAUUAAACACCAGAAUGCUCAGUGUUAUCUAAAAUAACAAGAGUAAGAAGAAGAAUCUAGCUGAUGUUAUGCUUUUAAUUUGUGAUAUUUAAGACAUAUUAACCAUUAGAUCCAACUUUACAUUCAGAUAAAACACCUCAAGAUUUAUAGACAAAAUCUAAAGGUCAGAACAUCCAGAAUAAGUUAAACCAGUUUAGUUUUCCCCAAACAUAACACACAACCACAAAAUUAACAUUCACACACAGUAUUAUCAGUGUGUGUUAACUGCAUUUAAAAACAAACAGUUUAGAAUCCAGUAUAAUGUAGUUGACAUAAAGACAUUUUAACUGUGUUUAAGUGAUUGUCAACAAUUUAAAUUUCUGUGCAGACGUAUUUAUAUUAUUCUAAC